CAGAAGAGUUAAAUAGCAAUUGCAUUUAUAAUGGUCCCUUCCAUUGGUGUAAGGCAAUGCAAAAACAAUCCGUAUACAUGUACAAAGAAAUUACAUUACUUAGCGCUUUCGAUCUUCCAGGUGCUGUACACAUAUUAACUAACCCUCGCAAACCCCUGGGUGUUGGGUAUUGUUAACCCCUUUAACAGAGGGGGGGAAUUGGGAAAGUUGUGAAGUCAAAGGGAUCGGGCCCGGAGUGAUUUCCUCAAGGCCACGAAGCGAGUCAGCGUCAGAGGUAGGAUUAGAACAAAGGUUAGAUUAAAUUCCAGCCAAAAAUGAACCAUCACAAAAUUCAUCCUGUAAAAUAUAUUUUUUUAAAUCAAGAUGGCAUCGUUUUUAAAAACAUUUUUGUUGAACAGAUUUUUUUUCAGUCCUGCCUGACAGAAUUAGCCCUUCUCUCCUCAGAGCACUUCACUAACACUAGCUAGGCUGCAAAGAAGAUGGGGAAAGGAGCUAAAAGGACUCCACAGACCCCUAUUUGCAUCCCAUUCACAUGUGCAAGCCCUUGCCGCUCCCCCACCCUCGGCUGAGUAGGAGGGAGCUGACUAUUCUUGCAGCUCUUGUUGUCUUGGGACUCUUGGCAGAAGUUCAAGGAGCAGCACCAGCAGCAGCAGGCGGCCAGAGAAGAGGGCGCCGAGCGCGCAGGCGCUUCGAGGCACUGUCGAAGAAUCGAGUCACUGGAGCAGAGCGCACAGGCGGCGGCUGCUGCUGCUGGAGUCCCCGCCCCAGUGCGAGCGCCCGGGCUGCAGUAGUGAGCGAGCGAGCGGGACAGGCGGAGUGAGCAGCGCACUGGAGUAGGCAGCCCAGUGUGCAGCAACUGGGCUAUGCGCUUUCCCGCGUCCCAGUGACUCCAGCCGGGAGGCUUCCGCGCCCGGGAGCCGCUUGUUUGCAGGGGGCGGGCAAUCGGCGGAAGAUCCUGCGGCAGCUGCAAAGCCGGAGCCUGCCCGUUUGGUCUCCGGUUGCUGGAGGAGGAGGACGCGCGGGGGGCGCUCGCUGCCCCUGGGCUGGGACAUGUCGUCCGCGGCGGUGGCGGCUGCUUCCCGCAGGCAGUCGUGCUACCUGUGCGACCUGCCCCGCAUGCCCUGGGCCAUGAUCUGGGACUUCACCGAGCCCGUCUGCCGGGGCUGCGUCAACUACGAGGGGGCCGACCGGGUGGAGUUCGUCAUCGACACGGCGCGGCAGCUCAAGCGGGCUCACAGCUUCCAGGAGGGCCGGGCCCCGCCGCCGCCCCACGCCAAGCAGCCGCCGCUCAGCGCUAAGGAGAUCCUGGUGCAGCAGCAACAGCAGCAGCUGAACCACACGGCCGUGGCGGGCGACGCGGUGUCACGGCCCCCGCCGCAGCCCCUGGAGCGCUACCCGCUGGCGGCCGCCGCUUCCUCCGAGCGGCAGCCGCCCCGCCUGGGAGCCGAGUACGGGGGCAGCCGGCAGGUGAACGGGAUCCUGGUGCCCAACGGGUUCCCCAAGCCCGAGGAGCCGCCCGAGCUGAACCGGCAAAGCCCGAACCCCCGGCGGACCCACACGGUGCCGCCCACCCUGGUGCCGCUGAUGAACGGAGCCUCCCUGCCCGCGCCCAUCAGCAUCAACAGCCGGGCCGCCGCCGCCUCGCUGGCUGCCAUCUCCGGGGCGGCCGCCUCCAUGCAGGUCUCCGUCUCCCAGCAGCAGCAGCCGCCACCCGGGGAGCUGGGGCACAAGCGGCCCGGCUCGGUGUCCUCCAGCAGCAGCAGCAGCGCCGGCGCGGGCGAGCACGAGAGCAAGGAGAAGCAGCCACGGGGCUCGGCGGAGGAGCUGGGGGUCGAGGGCAAGGGCCGCGGGGGAGCGGAACAGGAGUGGCUGGGCAAGCCCAAGACGGUGCGGGACACGCUGCUGGCGCUGCACCAGCACGGGGGCCACGCGGUGCCCUUCGAGAGCAAGUUCAAGAAGGAGCCCGGCAUGGCGGGGAGCAGGCUGCUGGGGUACGAGAGCAACGGGGCCGUGGCCAAAGCAGGGGCUCGGGCAGCGAGGAAGAGGAAGCCUUCCCCAGAACCAGAAGGUGAAGCUGGACCCCCUAAGAUCAAUGGAGAGUCACAACCCUGGUUGCCAACCUCAUCAGAGGGGAUGAAAAUGUCCAUGACUGCUACAUCGUUCAUGUCCCCACCACCACCAACUGCCUCGCCUCAUUCCAACCGGACCACACCGCCUGAAGCAGCCCAGAAUGGCCAGUCUCCUAUGGCUGCGCUCAUUUUAGUAGCAGACAAUGCAGGGGGCAACCACUCCUCCAAAGAUGCCAACCAAGUUCACUCCACCACCAGGAGGAAUAGCAACAGCCCGCCCUCUCCGUCCUCUAUGAACCAAAGAAGGCUGGGUCCAAGCAGGGAGGUGCCAAGUCAGGGGACAAACACUGCUGGGGGAUUGGAGCCGGUGCAUCCUGCCAGCCUCCCGGACUCGUCUCUAGCAGCCAGUGUUCCCUUGUGCUGCACCCUGUGCCACGAGCGCCUGGAAGACACCCAUUUUGUUCAGUGUCCCUCAGUCCCUUCCCACAAGUUCUGCUUCCCUUGCUCCAGACAAAGCAUCAAACAGCAAGGAGCUAGUGGCGAGGUGUAUUGUCCCAGUGGGGAGAAAUGCCCUCUGGUGGGCUCCAAUGUCCCUUGGGCUUUCAUGCAGGGGGAGAUUGCAACCAUUCUUGCAGGAGAUGUGAAAGUGAAAAAAGAGAGAGACUCGUGACUUUUUCCAGUUCACAACCCAACAUCACCUGUAACUGAAACUGCUUGACUUGUGUAUAUAUCUAUAAAUAUAUAUAUAUAUAUAUAUAUCUCCAAGACAAGGGAAAUGUAGACUUCAUAAAACAUGGCUGUAUAAUUUUGAUUUUUUUGAAUACAUUGUGUUUCUAUAUUUUUUUUGAAGACAAAAGGUAUGUACUUAAAGGCAUUUCCUCUUUUUGUUAUAGCAACUAUUUGUUGUGCUUCCUUGGUGACAGUUACUGUUCAAUGUAGGCUGUGACUUGCGCUGCUUUUUUUAGAGAGCACUUGGCAAACCAGAAAUGCUUCUAGCUGUAUUUGUAUGCACUUGUUUCUUUUUAAAAUGCCAAAUACAUUUUCUGACAUUGUAAAGAUCGCCUUACUGUCUGUGAUUCCUUAUUCUUGGGCCUUGCUCAGAGUCAAGCUGGAUGCGUGCAGAUUUGAUAUGAAAUGGUAGUGGGGGGAAAAGAGAUUGAUAGGGUGAAAUGGGAUGUCACCAUUACAGCCGAAAGGCAGGUGAAUAUUAGAAAGCACAAGUGGUUUCUUUCUGAAACAUUGUUCUCUUGUUGCAAUGGCAAAUUUUUUAGACUGAGUCCAAUUCCACUGUUUCUAGAAGGAAGUUGCCUUCAUAAUAGGAUGUUGAGAGAUGUCUGAGAGGCGCUGCUGAGUUAGGGAUUUCUGGGUUGUUUGCUUUUUUUUUCUAAAAGGAAAAGUUGACCACAGUUCAAGUGAUUGGUUGUAAGAUUACAGAACUGCAUUUAUUCAUUGAUUACAUAAUGUUAAUGCAGAAUUUGGUAAUAAACUUAAUUACUAUAUUGGUGUAUACACCAGUAUAGCACUGCCAUCUUUAAAGAUCCAUAGCUCUUUUAGUGCCACUCACAUAAUAUUUAUGCUUGGGGAAAACUAAAGUUUUUUUUUUUUUUUAAAUUUGCACAUAGUGCAGGUGAACUUUGAGUUUGCUUAUCAGUUACUUAUAGUACUGUUGGUAUUAUUAACUAUCUCUUACAUCAUAUUUCCAGGUAGUGGCAGGUACAAGAUGGUACAAUGACAGAAGCAACUGAGAUGCUGCCAGGAUUGCCUUCGGGCAUAUCAGUGACAACCCAAAUGUGGGUGGAAGAAACUUGUAAUCUCUGUUAUGUGUUUUUUUUUUUUUUUUUUUAACAAACCUAAUACUACUUUUUUGAAAAUGAAAAAAUAAACUGGUGGAAUGAAAGCAAAUAGGGUUUCACAAAAGGGGCAUGCCCCGCCUUUUUAACUACUUUGGAGUACUCUUUGUAAAGUCAUUUCUUUUGAUCCAGCCUCUGCAUCAAUCAGCAAGCAGACUUUUUUUAAAAUAAAUCAUUAUUAGAAAUGGCUAAGUCUUAUAGUGAUGGUUUUUGUGCUGUUUAGUUCAUUAGCAACACUGCAAAACCCCUGAUGUUUAGGUGUGUUUAACUUGGUCAUAAACAAUUGUUCUGAGCAGAAACGUGACUACAAGUUCUCAUCCUUGGGGCAAAUAAUAUACAUUUUUCAAUUUUUUUAGGGGGAAAAAAAUCUGUUCAACUAACUUUAACAGUUUGGGAUGCUUUUUAAUCAAGUGUUAUGAUAAUAUUCAGGCUGCUAUUUAAUGCAGAGUAGAACUUUUUUGGAAGAUUUUUUUAAAAAGAUCAUUAUUCAUAUUUAAAGUUCAGAACUGCACAUGCCCCAGUCAUUUUUUAUUAAGUGUUUCAAUGAGCACACAACUAACAUUAUGUUCCUUAUUACAGGUCAAUGUAAUAUUAAAUACAGACUUGCAUGGUAGACCAAUUCAUUGAGUCAAUAUUACGCUUUAAAAUUAUACCUAUAAUUCAGAUUGGUGUCUUAUGUAAACAUGCAGACAAGUUGGAAAAAACGCACAUAUAUACAACUGUAAAGGAUACUUUGGAACACUAUGGUCUCUGUAAAUGUGUAUUUAGCACUUUAUUAAAAAAUGGAUUUCAAGCUGA